UAAUACAACUACCAGCGGCAGCUUCAGCGCCAUGUUUUUCGUCUUCUUUUCUUUCAUGUUGCGAGUGCGACGCUUAUCGUUAAAUUUGCGGCUUUUUCACAUUAAAUAGUUGUUGUUGAGGCUAUAAAUCAGCUAAAUGGCAGGAACAGGGGCGAAUAGUAUACCUCUGGGUACCCUGCAUCCCAUUUUACGGGGUCAAAAGGCACCUGGCAUGGCUGGAGGUGGUUUAACGGGCCCGAUAGGCGGCGGCGGUGAGAGCUCCAUGUUGAAUGCUGCGAGAGAAGCUGCUGCUAGAGUCACGGCGAAUAUCAUGGGGAAGCGCCCAGCGCCAGCAGGGCCGUCACCCAGUGGGCCUGGGGGCCCUGGAAAGUCCAUAGAUUCCACCAACUGGCCUCCCGACAAGAAACGGAAAAGAAGUCGUUGGGGCGGGGAGGAAACUAAGCCAACUGGUGUGGCGUCCAUCAUUCCUUCUGGGCUCAGCAAAGACCAGGAAAAGCAGGUUUUGUUGCACUUGCAGGUUGAAGAGAUCAGCCGUCAGCUCCGUUCUGGAGAUCUGGGAAUCCCGCCUCCCGAGGAUAGGUCACCGUCGCCAGAGCCUGUCUACAAUCAUGAGGGGAAGCGCCUCAACACGCGGGAAUACCGAACCCGCAAGAAGCUGGAGGAACAACGCCAUAUUCUCAUCCAGGAGGCUAUGCUGCUCAACCCGGACUAUAAGCCGCCUGCAGAUUACAAGCCGCCAGUUCAACGUGUGAGUGAUCGAGUCAUGAUCCCGCAGGAUGACCACCCAGACAUCAACUUUGUUGGACUUUUAAUCGGGCCACGUGGAAACACUCUGAAGAAACUGGAAAAAGAUACAGGAACCAAGGUCAUGAUCAGGGGCAAAGGGUCGGUCAAGGAGGGCAAAGUGGGCCGCAAAGAUGGUCAGCCCCUUCCUGGCGAAGAUGAACCCCUCCACGCCCUGGUAACGGCCAACACCUCAGAAGCCGUCAAGAAAGCUGUCGACCAGAUCCGUGAGAUUAUCAAGCAGGGAAUUGAGACGCCCGAGGGGCAGAAUGAUCUGAGAAGGAUGCAGCUGCGUGAGCUCGCUCGUCUCAACGGUACACUGCGAGACGAGGACACCACAAGAUGUUCCAAUUGCGGCGCCCUCACACAUCGUACCUGGCAGUGCCCCGAGAAACAGAACAUCACCAGUACCAUCGUCUGUUCCCUGUGUGGUGGCACGGGCCACCUUGCGCAGGACUGCCGUGCCAAGCUGGACGGUAGUGGGAUGGGCGGUCCCAUGGGUGGUGGGGGUGGACCCUUGGGUGGGCCCAAUGGUGCCCCACCCCGGAUGGCAGGCCCUAGUGCAGCCGAGAAGGCCAAGAUGGACUCGGAGUAUAUGUCCCUCAUGGCAGAGCUCGGUGAAGGACCACCCCCGUUGGAGCCCAAGAUGAACAUGCCUCCGCCCCCUCACAGCCAGCAAGGCCCGCCCAACAUGGGUGGACCCAGGCCACUUCUGUCCACCCCGCCCAACCAGCAUAACCAGAAUCAUCAGAAUCAUCCCCGCCCGCUGAUGGGGCAGAAUUUUCAGCCCCAUUGGAUGAACAAGGACCACCAUGGACCCCCUGGUCAGAACAAGCCCCCGAGUCUCCUGGGCAUCCCUCCUCCCCACCACCACCGUGGGCCCCCAGGAGGCGGAGGUGGUCCCCCGGGACCACCUGGCCAUCCCUCAGGCCCUCCACCUCCCAAUUUUGGUGGCCCGCCUCCCCCUGGUGGACCCCCCGGCCAGUUUGGUAUGAAUCCGCCUCCCCCGGGACUAUUACCCCCGCCAGGCAUGAUGCAGCCCCCUCCAGGCAUGAUGAAUAUGCCGCCCCACGGCAUGGGGGGUGGGAACCCGCCCCCAUGGGGGAUGCCUCCACCGCCACCGGCCUCACAGCAGCAGACAGCAACAAGUACCAUUCCCACAUCUGCAACAGCUAUGCCGACACUGGCUGGCAUGCAAGCACUGGCCAUGCCCGUACCUCCUCCACCCACGUCACUCCUGGCCGCACCCCCGCCUCCACCUCCGAGCAGUGAUCCACCCCCUCCACCACAGCCCACAUCAGCCGCCCCAUGGCAAGUCCAAACAAGUGCAGGCGGGAGACCGGUGGUCUCAACUACCGGCCUGGCGACCUCGCCACCAUGGCAGCGCCUUGCUCAAGAGGGAGGGCUGUCAGUUGGCGUAUCAGUGGCAAAUCUGCCAUGGCAUCAGCCCACAGCUCCGACAACCACAGCCAGCGCCGUGAGUGCAGCAGCUUGGCAACAGCUCCUGCAACAGCAACAACACAGCACAGCAGCAACAGCCACAGGUCUCUACGGUGACUACCCAAGCAACUGGCUCUCAGGCAUCACUGACUGUGCCGCCUCCGCCCCUGCAGUGGGCAGCGGUUCCACCCCCACCCCCGAUGCAGUCUCCGCCCCCGAUGGCUGCACCCCCACAGUCGGCCCCCUUGCCCACGUUUCAGCCUCCCAUGCCACAGGGUCCCCCACCCCCGUUACCCGGACAGAUGGCCUUCAGUCAGCCCCCACCCCCACUGUCUCAGAUGCCUCCAGCCCUCGGUCAGCCACCCCCACCUCCGCCCCCUUCUUAACUGGAAUGUGCAGAAAAUGGCAGCAGGGUCUUCGAUCACAUUUUGGGAACCCAAGUACGAAUUUUGAUUGUAAAAGUCUGUUUGUAUACUAAAAUUAGUUUGUAUUCAAAUAUUACUGAUUAUUACAUCUUGCUGCACGUAUGGUUUAAUAAUCACAUCAAUGGAUCAAGGCUAUUGUUAACUUUGGAGGACUUUGUUGUCUGAUUCUCAGUAUAGAGUAAGAUACAAGGCUAGUUAAUGGUCAGUUGAGGAAGAUGGAGUUGGUCAUGGCUUAGACUCCAUCUCCAGCUGAAGGACUUGCCAACCUUAUAAACCAAGCCUCGUAACUUUCCUGACCUCCUUAACUCAACAUUUUGCAUUGAAACCUGUAUUCUGUGCGUUUAAAUCAUCAACAUCCGGCUGUAAACAUGUAAAUCAUAUUUUGGCUGGUAAUCUGUUCAUCUUGUUCUUACCAUGUUUAUUUGAAGUUUACAAACUUUCAGUUCUUACCUCCAUUAAAUUGGCCAAUACAUGUAUUUAUGAAUGUGGCCAUAUAAGUUAGGAAAAGGAUCACUUUGUAUAAACUGUAUAGUUCGAUAAUCCUAUUUUAAGUCUUUUACCCUUCCGUUUGGUUAUUGAAUGUAAAUGCGUUGAUUGCACACUUUCAUUUAUGUGCAUUGAAAUGAAAUUGUUUCUUGAGCAUCGAGGAGGUCAAUUUGUGGGUAAGGUCAUUGACCUUUUCAGUGGGUACAUUUAGGUUUAAAAUUUGGGGGGGAGUGGAUUACAUUGUAGUGUAUUUUUAGAAGCUUUCAAAACAUUUGAAGUCAUACUGGAACAUUUGAAAUCUCACAAAUUUUGUUUCCAAUUUUCAUUUAACAUAAGAAAUUAAGGCCCAAGGAAUUAUACCAUUGCCUUAGCCUGCAGUGAGCUGACGAGCAUAUACACACUUCCUCAAGAGAAGUGGUGUUCUUACUUAUCCUGUCUGCAGUUCCUGGCCUCUUUUCAAUUUCAGUGUAAAAAUGUGGCCCAGAUCUUUGAUUAAUAUGACUUCACAUUGGCCAGAGAAGUUUUAAAAGUAAAAGGCUGUUCUAAAAGUAUGGGUUUUUUUUUCAUCUUCAACAAGGUUUUUGUAUUUGUAGCACAUGUAUAUUGCUUGCUUUUAGAAGGCAGUUCUCCACAUGGUUUUAUGUCCGACAAUGCAUUUUGUCCCAUACCCCCAGUGGUGCUCCUCUGCCCCCCAGUGGUUGGCAUGGAGAUAUGAAAUGCUGUGCACAACUCCACGAAUAGCUGCAAUAGGUUGUGGGACUCCUACCAGACUUGUAUUGUGAACACAUGGACGUCACAGAUAACUGCUGGUUUGCCCUUUUGCUGAUGCUUAUUUUAUAAUCCAUGUAAAUGAAAACCCUGAAUGGAACAUCUGUUUCUCGCCUUAGUGGUACAGUUUGUCUGCAUUGGGGCAUGCACACUGCAGAUUUGUCUUAUACAACAAAGUUAACAUCCUUUUAUUAAUAGAACAGUCCUUUCAGAAUCUAAACAACACUUUUUGUGCCUUCUGUUUUUUUAUUUAGUUUGUUUGCUUUUUAAGAUUCAACUGUUUAUCAUUCAAAAGCUAGUCUUGGAUUGAAUGUGAUUUAAUUAAACUAGGAUGGGCAUGGAAUUCAGACCAAUUGAAUUUGUAGACUGAUGAAACAUGUUGGAACCAUUUUCUGAAGUACAAUUCGUGUUAAUUUGUUAAGAUUUCUUUAGAAUGUUCCUUUUCAUGAAAUAACUCGAAUUGCAUUGUGGAAUGGUUAAUUUGAACUCGUGUACAGUUUUCAGUAUCCAUGGAAUGUCCAAUAUUGGCCAAUUAAAAAAAAUGACUAAAAUACGAAA